GACCGCGCUGCCUCCAUUUAAAGUUAGCAGCCACUUUGCUUCGCGUCUGAGUGCAGGAUUUUUUUUUUUCUUCUGACCGGCUGCUGCGCCGCAUCGAGACGGUUUCUAUAAGGACAAGCAACGGAGUGGCGACAGAAAGGCAGGCAGUUUGUGCAGAAGCAGGCACCAUGUCCUCCCCCACAAACCCAGAGGUGAAGGAACUGAACCCUGUCGACUUUAUCCAGCUACAACAGUACAUUGAAUACAACAACUUGAAGGUGAAAGAUGUGCUGAGGGAAUUCAACGCAAAUGGCAGACUGGCCCGGCACAGGCAUGGAGAGUGCAUCAAUGAAGAAGGCUUCCGUCUGUUCCUGAAGACAUAUUUAGAAGCGGAGGACUUCCCUGUGGAUCUCUGCCAGAGGCUCUUCCGCUCCUUUCAAAACUCUGAACCCGGCCGAGAAGACAGUACCAAGGAGGUCUUCCUUAAAGAUGUCUCGUGUUACUUCUCUCUACUUGAAGAUGGCCAGCCUAGGGACAAACUGGAGUUUGCUUUCAAGCUUUAUGACAGAGAUGGCAAUGGAGUCCUGGACAGCUCUGAAGUGGAUCGGAUUAUUGCUCAGAUGAUGCAUGCUGCAGAAUAUCUCGACUGGGAUGUGUCAGAGCUCAAGCCGGUUCUGAAGGACAUGAUGACAGCAAUUGAUGCUGACAGCAGCGGCACGGUGUCUCUGGAAGAGUGGGUAGAAGGAGGCAUGAACAACGUUCCCUUGCUGGUCUUGCUGGGUCUGAAGAUGACACAGAAGGAUGGGCAGCACCUCUGGAGGAUGAAAAGUUUCAACAAACCUGCUUACUGCAACGUGUGUCAGGGCAUGCUGCUGGGUUUGAGGAAGCAAGGACUGCGCUGCACCUGCUGCAAAUACACAGUCCACGGUCGCUGUGCUAACAAGAACCCGGCCCCUUGCACCAGGACGUAUGUGAAGUUAAAGAAAGAAAUAGGGGUUCCAGCACACGACUGGGUGAGUGGGAACUGCGACUCUAGGAAGUGUGACAGAUGCCAGAAGAAGAUGAGCUUACAAUGCCUAACAGGCAAACACUGUGUGUGGUGUCACACGAUGCUUCAUGAUGAAUGUGCGCUCCAAGAGUCAACAGAGUGUACGUGUGGGCCGCUCAGAGACCAUAUUCUUCCUCCAUGGGCCAUAUAUCCUGUUAUAAAGGAGAGACCAAAUAGUGUAAAAAAUUGCUGCUCGGGGUCACGAGAUGACAGCGAGCUCAAUACCACUCCUGAUGGACAAGUGCUUCAGAUCUGCCCUGUGCCGAACACCCAUCCUCUUCUAGUGUUUGUCAACCCUAAAAGUGGCGGUAAGCAGGGAGAAAGAGUCCUGCGUAAAUUUUUGUAUUUACUGAAUCCACGACAAGUAUACAAUCUUUCAAAUGGUGGCCCUGGACCAGGUUUGAGUUUCUUCAGAAAUUUGCAGGACUACAGGAUCCUGGUGUGUGGUGGAGACGGCACAGUUGGCUGGAUUCUUGAUGCAAUAGACAAAGCCAAUCUUCUUGUACAGCCACCUGUUGCUGUGCUUCCUCUUGGCACAGGAAAUGACCUUGCACGAUGCCUGCGUUGGGGAGGAGGCUAUGAUGGCGAAGAUCUGACUCGUAUUCUUAGAGACAUUGAGGGGAGCUCCCAGGUGCUGAUGGACCGCUGGAGUGUGCAGGUUAUCACCGAUGAGAAUCAGGAGAUGGGUGACCCUGUGCCAUAUGAAAUAAUCAACAACUACUUCUCUAUUGGAGUUGAUGCCUCCAUUGCCCACCGGUUUCACACAAUGAGGGAGAAACAUCCGCAGAAAUUCAACAGCAGAAUGAAGAACAAGCUGUGGUAUUUUGAAUUUGCCACUUCAGAAACCAUCUCUGCUUCCUGCAAGAAACUGCGCGAAAACUUAACAAUUGAGUGUUGUGGGACUCCCCUGGAUCUCAGUGGCCUGUCUCUUGAGGGGGUUGCGAUCCUAAACAUUCCCAGCAUGCAUGGUGGCUCCAACCUAUGGGGUGAGACCAAAAAAGUGGACACUAAGGGACUGGCGAGCCAGGAAGAGCCGGCAGUGAUCAUCAAUCCAGAAAUCCUGAAAAUAACUUCCCAAGACCUCAGUGAUCGGCGAUUAGAGGUGGUCGGCCUUGAAGGAGCCAUGGAGAUGGGACAGAUUUACACUGGCCUCAAGAGUGCGGUGCGGCUCGCGAAAACCUCUCAGAUCACCAUCAGGACAAAGAAAGCAUUACCAAUGCAGAUAGAUGGAGAGCCAUGGAUGCAGCCUCCCUGCACGAUUCACAUCACACACAAGAAUCAAGCUAUGAUGUUAAUGGCUCCUCCAUCCAAACCAUCUGGUUUUUUCAAAUGAAACAGACUGACUACAUGCAUGUGCUUGCUGUAUAUAGACUCUUUUUCUUUGUAAUAUAAAAUCAGUUUGAAUGUGUAUGCUGUAGAAAAACUGCAUUGUAAUAGUCAAAGUUAGAAUAAGUAUUUCAGAGGUUCUGCAUCACUGUAAGACAUAAACUAAGCAUGGCAUGAUACAAAUACAAACGUGUGAAAUGUUUGCAUUGUGGCAAAAUGACCAAAUUGUCUCAGUGUUUUUAUCAAUACUCAACACUCUCGAUGUGUCAGUGCUAAGUGGAAGUGCUGCUUUGUAGGAACUUACAGUAUGCUGGAUAUGAUGCAAAAAAUAAGUAGAUUAUUCAGCUCAAUGUGCCUUUACUAUCUGUUCUCUUUAUUAUGGCUUAGGUAGAAGAACUUACAGGCAUGCACUUUGAGCAUAGACCAUUUAGUAUUGAUGUUUUGUUGUUUUAAAGAAAGUCAGAAGUAUGUUCGAGUGUAUUUGGAACCAAGAGUGAAGUAAAGAAAAGACUACAUUUCAGAGUGUGUUUAAAGAUACUUGAAAGUAUUUUGGGAAACAGUAAAGGGGCUGCAUGUUGAGCCACUGCCUGCUGUUCCUGUGAGUGUGUGUUAUGUGUGUGUGUGUGUGUGAGUGUGUGUGUCUGGGCAUAAAACUGAGAUAUGUUGACUUUAUCUUGUAAUUAGUAAUUUGUGUUGAGUUCGAUUUGAACCUAUUGGUUAAGAUCAGUUUAAACGUUUUUUUUUAUUUUUAUUUAAAUGCUUUAUAAAUCAUAUCUAUUCAUUAUAUCAGGAGGAUGUUAAUGUAAUAAGUAACUGUGUAACAAUUUGAAUAAAUCAGCUGGACUUCA